AUGCCUCCCAAGAAAUCAACUCCAAAAGUCACUAGUUCACCUCCACCAACCGGUAGAGCAACGAGAUCUAAAAAAACUGAUAAAGCAGAGGAUAAAAAAUAGUAUUCUCAUAUAUAACAAUUAUAGAGAAGUUAUCGAUAAAGCUGUCAAAGACAUAAGGAUGGAAAAACCAAUGUUUCACCCAAGAAGGUUCCUUCAAGGAAGAACUCAAAAAAGGAUUCUAAAAAAUCAACUUCUCCAUCUCCAAUAAAAAAUGGUUAGGAUGGCAAAUAGAAGGAUGAUACUUCAAAUAUCAAUAAAAGUACUAAAAGUGCACCUGUUGAUGAAUAUUUUGAUGAUUAAGAGAAUUUUGUAGUGUAUGAAGAAAAUGGUAAAAUUUACGAUUGCAUGAUGAAUCAAACCAAUAUUAUGGAUGAUAAUAAUAACAAUAAGUUUUAUGUUGUUCAAUUAUUGAAAAAGAAGGAUAAGGACUUUUUUUAUUUGUACACAAGAUGGGGCAGAGUUGGCGUUGAAGGCUCUUCAGCCAAACAAUCAUUCCUGAAACCUGAAUCUGCAAAAAAAGCCUAUGAGAGUAAAGUGAGAUAGAAAAGUGUUAAAGGAGAAUAUAGAGUGUUGGAAAGGGAUUAUAGUGGAGAACAAGAUCCUAAGGAAUUGGAGAAGUUGGAGAAUCUCAGAGAGGAAAGGGAGAAGGAAUCAUACAAUAAAAGCAAAUUACAUGCAAAGAUAAAGGAUCUGGUUAGAUUGAUUUUUGAUAUGAAGAUGAUUAAUAAUUAGAUGAAAGAUAUUGGUUAUGAUGCUAAAAAAACACCUUUGGGGAAAUUGGCAGUUUCCACUAUUAAAAAAGGAUUUGAUGUUCUAAAAUAGAUAUCGGAGGAAUUGCAAAAAAAGACUCCCGAAUAAUCGAUCUUAUAGAGACUCUCAAGUGAGUUUUAUAGUCAGAUCCCCCAUGAUUUUGGAUAUUUAAGAGCUCCUGUUAUUGAAACUCCUUAGAUGGUUAAAAAUAAAUUAGAUAUGCUCGAAGCAAUUCAACAUAUUUAAAUUGCUACUAAGAUUUUAGAAGAAAAUUCAGAGGACACCAAUGCAAUUGACGAAAAUUUCAAAAAAUUAGGAAUCAAUAUGCAAUUCUUAGAACCCACUGAUGAAAAAGUCUCAACUAUUAAGUAAUUUGUAUAAAAUACACAUUGCGAAACACAUAGAGGAUAUGGAUUAGAAGUGUUGGAUGUUUUUGAAUUGCAGAAAGAUCAAGAUGAUAAUAGAUUCAAAAAAGAAUUAGGCAAUAGAAUGUUGCUAUGGCAUGGAUCUAGACUUACAAACUUUGUGGGUAUUCUAAGUUAAGGAUUAAGGAUUGCCCCCCCUGAGGCUCCAGUCACUGGAUAUAUGUUUGGAAAGGGUGUAUAUUUUGCAGAUAUGGUUUCAAAAUCAGCAAAUUAUUGCGCAGUCACAAAAGAAAACAACACAGGAUUGAUAUUAUUGUGUGAUGUGGCCUUGGGAAAUCCAAAUGAGAAGUUCUAUUCAGAUUAUUAUGCUAACCAAUUGCCUUAAGGUAAGCACAGCACAUGGGGAAGAGGAAAGACAAUGCCUCCCCAAUCUGAAAACAUUCCAUUCCCAGGCAUGCCAGAAGUCAAAGUGCCAAUUGGAAAAGGAGCUCCUUCUGGUGUUCCUAAUACAUCUUUAUUGUACAACGAAUUCAUUGUUUAUGACAUUGCUUAGAUCAGAUUGAAGUAUUUAAUCAAGAUGAAGUGGAAUUUUAAGUGA